AUGAUGAAAUCAUUCUUUCGCGUCCUAAACGAUGGUCGAGGGCUUUUUCACUCAGACGACUCAUGAACAGGAGAAAUCAACGAAGGAAACAUAGAUACAUGGGCAGACAUCGUAAAGUAACGCCAAAAUAUAGGAGCGGGAAAACUAAAAAAGUUUCAUGGUGGGAACGAUGCGUAAGAAAGUUCAAUAAAAAACCCAAAGCGUUCAAUGUUACCUUUAUGAAACAGAACCCGGAGUUAAAGAAAGCUAAAUCUCGUGGAAAUUCAAGACUUCGAAGAUAUGUUGGUGAAGACGAGGACGAUUUACUGGAAGAGGAAGACGAAGACCCUCUAGCUGAUGAGUGAGGACAAAACACUCUCGGAUUGACGGAACGGGUCAGCUUCAGAAGACAAGAGGACAUCAUCAACUGUCCAUAGCACCAAUCCAGCCCUACAAAACCAAGACUUUCAUGUCCUUCAUGAACAAAACUUUUACGACCUUCAUGAACAAACUUUCACGUCCGUCUUGACUGUAUUUGUACACUAAAUUUCAGUUUAUCCCAGAAAA